AUGGCCAUGGCUGCUUUCCUUGUAGCUGUGGUGCAAAUGGCUUUAUUGCCAUCAGCUUUCGGAGGCGCAUAUUACGGGCACAAACCACAUCCUCAGCAACACCAACCUAUUCCACAAAUGCAUCCUCAGCAACACCAACCGAUCCCACAAAUGCAUCUUCAGCAACACCAACCUAUGCCACAGAUGCAUCACAUGGGAAUGGGAAAGGAUAUACCACACAAGGCUUAUCCACACUAUCCUCCUGUGCACCUAAACAAAGGAAAGGAUAACAAAGGUGAGACCAUUCCCAGAGGUGAGCAGGGUGUUCCAGGAGAGGUUGGACCACAGGGACCCCCUGGCCCACCUGGGCCACACGGAUCUCCUGGGCCUCAAGGAAAUGGCAUGGCAGGCUCCCCUGGAAAGCAAGGACCUCCAGGUCCUCCAGGACUUCCUGGACUUGGCAAGCCAGGAAUGCCAGGUAUGCCAGGAAAGCCAGGAGGUAUUGGGCAACCUGGUCAACAAGGUGAACAAGGUCCCAGAGGUGAGGAUGGACAACGAGGUUUGGCCGGGCCAUCUGGUCCUCCUGGACCCCCAGGCUUACCAGGAAUAGGAAAGCCCGGUGGACAAGGAUUGCCAGGACAGCCAGGAUUUAAAGGAGUGCCAGGACAUAAAGGCUUACCAGGUCUCCCAGGGUUACCUGGACAUAAAGGAGAGAAAGGAAUUGGACUACCGGGUCCACAGGGGCCCAAAGGGCCAGCUGGGCCACCAGGGCACCCAGGUCAGGCAGGAUUACCAGGAGUGGGUAGGCCUGGUUUGCCUGGUGUUUCAGGUCCACCUGGUUUGACAGGAAAACCAGGCCAGUCUGGGGAGCCAGGUCCAGCAGGUCAACCUGGUGGAAAGGGUCCCCAAGGACUACAAGGAACCCCUGGUAUUGGAAAGCCAGGAGAAAUUGGAUUACCAGGUCAACCAGGUCCAGCUGGUCACAAAGGAUUAACAGGACCUCCAGGAUUACCUGGGAAACCCGGAUUACCUGGAUUUGGUAAACCUGGAUACCCUGGCCCAAAGGGUGACAAAGGGAUGGGAGGACUACCAGGUGCACCUGGACCCAAAGGAGACAGAGGUAAUGAUGGUCAGCAAGGGAUGACUGGUCCACCAGGUAAAACUGGUCCCCCAUGUGCUCCAGGACCCAUGGGGCCUUCAGGUGAGCCUGGUACCCCAGGUGAAAAAGGAGAUGGAGGUUCAGAGGGAGCCAAGGGAGAUCAAGGACCUAUGGGGCAACAAGGUCCUCCAGGAUUUCCUGGCCAACCUGGCCCCCAAGGUGAGGAUGGAGAACCUGGUCCAAGAGGACUCCCAGGACCCAAUGGUCCCAAAGGAGAGGGGGGUAUCAAUGGUCAACCUGGUGUUCCAGGUCCAUCUGGACUACCUGGUCUGAAGGGAGAACAAGGUCAGCCUGGUCCAGAAGGACCACAAGGUCCUAAAGGCAUUCCAGGACUUACAGGGCCAGGAGGACCAAUUGGAACUCCAGGACCUACUGGGCCAAAGGGAGAUUUUGGUCCACCGGGUCAAGCUGGUCCACCUGGUAUAGGCAACACUGGUGCCCCUGGUCUUUCUGGUCCUCAAGGUCCACCUGGCCCAAGUGGUCCACCAGGUCAGCCAGGAAGUGCAGGUCCCCCAGGGCCGCCUGGACCUCCAGGCCCCCCUCUUCCCCCUGACCUGAUGGGUGUUCUUCCUGAGAUGGGCCCAGCCCUUGAUGGUAUAAAAACUGGUGGAUAUAAGAAAGGGAAGUAUGCAAGUGGAGGUGAUAUGAUGGGAUCUAGUGGUUUGGAGAUGCCUGCUUUCACUGCCCAGCUGACAACACCAUUCCCUCCUGUAGGCACACCAAUAGUGCUUGACAAACUACUGUAUAAUGGACGUCAAAAUUACAAUCCUCAAACCGGUGUGUUCACUUGUGCUCCAGGCAUCUACUACUUUGCCUAUCAUGUACACUGCAAGGGUGCCAAUGUCUGGGUGGGUCUUUAUAGGAAUGGAGAGCCAGUCAUGUAUACAUAUGAUGAGUACACAAAAGGAUUCCUUGAUCAAGCAUCUGGGAGUGCUGUGAUUCCAUUACAACCAGGAGACACAGUUUACUUACAGUUGCCAUCUGAGGAGGCAGCUGGAUUUUAUGCAGGACAAUAUGUCCAUUCCUCUUUCUCUGGCUUUUUACUAUAUCCGAUGUAG